GAGGCUUCCCCCGCCCGGGGGCAGGCAGCCGGCAGAGCCAGCGGGGCUGUCGGGGAAGGCGCAGUGUUGCAUCAGUCCCUUGGGGGCUCUGUUGCCCUGGGCGGGGGGCACAGGCCGGGGCGGAGCGGACGCCUCCCGGCCCCGCCGCCGGCCUCCGCCCCGCCCCGGCCGAGGGACUACAUGUCCCAGGAGCGCGGCCGCCGGUGCCGCCCGCCGCCUGCGCAGUGCCGCGCCGGGCUCGGGGCCGCAGCGGGAGCCGGGCGGCGGAGCCGGGGUGCUGGCCGGGGAAACGAAGGGAAAGGCAGCGCUCCUGGGGACCGAGCCGUGGUGGGUGCUGGAACCUGCUGGCUGCCCAAGAUGGUGAAGCUGGAUAUCCACACGCUGGCUCAUCACCUCAAGCAGGAGCGGCUCUAUGUGAACUCUGAAAAGCAGCUGAUCCAGAGGCUCAACGCGGAUGUGUUGAAGACAGCGGAAAAGCUGUACCGCACCGCCUGGAUCUCCAAGCAGCAAAGGAUUAACUUGGACAGACUGAUCAUAACAAGUGCUGAAGCUUCUCCUGCUGAAUGUUGCCAGCAUGCCAAAAUCUUGGAGGACACACAGUUUGUGGAUGGAUAUAAGCAGUUGGGAUUUCAGGAGACUGUUUAUGGAGAAUUCCUAAACAGAUUGAGAGAGAACCCUAGGCUUAUUGCAUCGUGUCUCGUUGCUGGAGAGAAACUCAACCAGGACAACACUCAGAGUGUCAUUCACACAGUUUUUACCUCCAUUUAUGGCAACUGCAUCAUGCAGGAGGAUGAGAGCUACCUCCUCCAGGUGCUCCGGUACUUGAUUGAAUUUGAACUCAAGGAGAGCGACAACCCCAGGCGGCUGUUGAGACGAGGCACCUGUGCCUUCAGCAUCUUAUUCAAACUCUUCUCUGAAGGACUCUUUUCUGCAAAACUUUUUCUUACUGCAACUUUACAUGAGCCAAUCAUGCAGCUCCUGGUUGAAGAUGAAGACCACCUGGAAACUGAUCCAAACAAGUUGAUUGAGAGAUUCUCCCCAGUACAACAGGAAAAGUUAUUUGGAGAGAAAGGCACAGAGAAGUUCAAGCAAAGAGUCCAAGAGAUGGUUGACUCCAAUGAGGCCAAGCUGGUGGCCUUGGUGAACAAAUUCAUUGGCUAUCUCAAACAAAACACGUACUGUUUUCCUCACAGCUUGAGAUGGAUUGUGUCACAAAUGUACAAAACACUUUCGUGUGUGGACAGGCUGGAGGUUGGGGAGGUCAGAGCAAUGUGCACAGACCUCCUCCUAGCCUGUUUCAUCUGCCCUGCAAUUGUUAACCCAGAACAGUAUGGGAUAAUUUCUGAUGCUCCUAUAAAUGAGGUGGCAAGAUUUAAUCUGAUGCAGGUUGGGAGACUUCUGCAGCAGUUGGCAAUGACAGGCUCUGAAGAGGGAGAUCCACGUGUGAAGAACAACCUUGCUAAGUUUGACAAAAGCUGUGUGGCUGCUUUCUUGGAUGUAGUUAUUGAUGGACGGGCAGUUGAAACUCCUCCAAUGUCUUCUGUGAACCUUCUGGAGGGGCUGAGCCGAACAGUGGUUUACAUGACAUACAGCCAGCUAACUACUCUGGUUGGCUUUAUGCGGAAUGUGAUGUCAAGUGAUCAGCUUAAGGAGGAUCGGAUGGCUUUGGAAAACUUGCUGGCAAACUUACCCCAGAACAAACCAGGGAAAAGCAGCAGCCUUGAAAUGACUCCUUAUAAUACCCCCCAACUUUCUCCUGCCACGACUCCAGCUAACAAAAAGAACCGACUGCCAAUAGGACAGCAAUUGGCAGCCAUUACUGCCUGGGAUACUUCUGCUACCAAUCUUUCAGCUCAUAUAACUCUAGUAACCCCUUUUGCAACUCGUAGCAGAAGUAGAUCAAAUAUUCUAAUGGAUCAGCAUGGAGAUCAUGAAGGAUCCUCCCAGGAGACUAUCCCAGAAGUUCAGCCGGAAGAAGUGCUAGUGAUUUCCUUGGGGACAGGUCCGCAGAUUAUUCCAGGGAUGAUGUCAGAAAAUGAGGUCUUAAAUAUGCAGCUUGCACAUGGCGGACAAGGAGAUGUCCCUGUCGAUGAAAACAAACUCCAUGGUAAACCUGAUAAAACCUUGCGCUUUUCCCUCUGCAGUGAUAAUCUGGAAGGAAUAUCUGAAGGUCCUUCAAACCGCUCCAACUCUGUGUCGUCUUUGGACCUGGAAGGGGAGUCAGUGUCGGAGCUGGGCGCCGGCCCCUCGGGCAGCAAUGGUGUGGAAGCUCUGCAGCUCCUGGAGCACGAACAAGCCACAACUCAGGAUAAUCUUGAUGACAAGCUCCGUAAAUUUGAAAUCCGUGAUAUGAUGGGAUUGACUGAUGACAGAGACAUAUCAGAGACUGUGAGCGAAACCUGGAGUACAGAUGUCUUGGGAAGUGACUUUGAUCCAAACAUUGAUGAGGAUCGUUUGCAAGAAAUAGCAGGUGCAGCUGCAGAGAACAUGCUAGGCAGCUUGCUGUGUUUGCCAGGUUCAGGAUCCGUGUUGCUUGAUCCCUGCACAGGUUCAACCAUAUCAGAAACCACAAGUGAGGCGUGGAGUGUGGAAGUGUUACCAAGUGAUUCAGAGGCCCCAGACUUAAAACAGGAGGAAAGACUACAGGAGUUGGAAAGCUGUUCUGGGCUGGGUAGCACAUCUGAUGACACAGAUGUGAGGGAGGUCAGCUCUCGCCCCAGCACGCCAGGUCUCAGCGUCGUGUCAGGUAUUAGUGCAACAUCUGAAGAUAUUCCCAAUAAAAUUGAGGAUCUCAGGUCAGAAUGUAGCUCUGACUUUGGGGGAAAAGAUUCUGUGACAAGUCCUGACAUGGAUGAAACAGCCCAUGGAGCCAGUCAGUUGACAUCUCCUCCUUCUCAGACAGAUUCUCUGCUUGCAUUGUUUGACCCUCUGUCAUCAAGUGAGGGUGUAUCAGCUGUAGUGAGGCCUAAAGUGCACUAUGCAAGACCCUCUCAUCCACCACCAGAUCCACCUAUCUUGGAAGGAGCUAUGGGAGGUAGUGAGGCCCGACUGCCCAACUUUGGGUCUCACAGUUUAAUUCCAACAGAUUUAGAAGCAUUCAAGCAGAGACAUUCUUACCCAGAGAGGCUGGUCCGCAGCAGGAGUUCAGAUAUAGUGUCUUCAGUUCGGAGACCCAUGAGUGAUCCUGGGUGGAACAGGCGUCCUGGUAAUGAGGAGAGGGAGCUUCCUAUGUCCACCACCAAUACUGGAGCAGCUGUUCUAGCAGCUGCAUCUCAGUCUUCAUCUUCAUCUCCCAGUAAAGACUCCUCUAGGGGAGAGAAUGAAGAACGAAAAGACAGUGAUGAUGAGAAGUCUGACAGAAACAAGCCCUGGUGGAGGAAACGUUUUGUGUCUGCCAUGCCCAAAGCUCCUAUUCCAUUUAGAAAGAAAGAAAAACAAGAAAAAGAGAAAGAUGACAUGGUGCCUGACAGAUAUGCAGCACUUCAAGAUGAUCCCAGCCUAAGGCCCAGUGCACAGGCACAAGCUGCUGAGGACAUUCUGGACAAAUACAGGAAUGCAAUUAAAAGAACCAGUCCCAGUGAAGGAGCCCUAGUGAACUAUGAUGGGGCAGAGGCUAUUGGGGAUGGUGAGAGCAUUCAUGAUUCUCCACGGGAUGAAGCUUUGCAAAACAUGUCUGCAGAUGAUCUCCCGGACUCUGCAAGUCAAGUAGCGCAGCCACAAAGUUCUGCUUUCUCCUACAGGGAUGCAAAGAAGAAAUUGAGGUUGGCCCUUUGUUCAGCAGACUCUGUUGCCUUCCCAAUGUUGACGCAUUCAACGAGGAAUGGUCUACCAGAUCACACAGACCCUGAAGAUAAUGAAAUUGUGUGCUUCUUGAAAGUUCAGCUAGCUGAAGCUAUUAACCUCCAAGACAAGAACUUGAUGGCCCAGCUGCAGGAGACGAUGCGGUGUGUGAGUCGCUUUGAUAACAGGACCUGCCGGAAGCUGCUGUCCUCCAUUGCAGAGGACUACAGGAAAAGAGCUCCAUACAUUGCUUAUCUAACUCGGUGUCGUCAAGGCCUGCAAACCACACAAGCUCACCUGGAAAGGCUGCUGCAGAGAGUCCUGCGAGAUAAAGAGGUGGCCAACAGAUACUUCACCACAGUAUGUGUGAGGUUACUGCUGGAGAGCAAAGAAAAGAAAAUAAGGGAGUUUAUUCAAGAUUUCCAGAAACUCACAGCAGCAGAUGAUAAAACAGCCCAAGUUGAGGAUUUUCUUCAGUUCCUGUAUGGGGCUAUGGCUCAGGAUGCCAUAUGGCAGAAUGCCAGUGAGGAGCAGCUCCAGGAUGCACAGCUGGCCAUAGAGCGCAGCGUCAUGAACCGCAUUUUCAAACUCGCCUUCUACCCCAAUCAGGAUGGAGAUAUUUUGCGUGACCAGGUCCUUCAUGAGCACAUACAGAGGUUGUCUAAAGUAGUGACUGCAAACCACAAAGCACUUCAGAUACCUGAGGUGUACCUGCGGGAGGCUCCGUGGCCAUCUGCACAGUCUGAGAUCCGCACAAUAAGCGCUUAUAAAACCCCCCGGGACAAAGUGCAGUGUAUCCUGAGAAUGUGCUCGACCAUCAUGAACCUGCUGAGCCUGGCAAAUGAAGAUUCAGUACCUGGGGCAGAUGAUUUUGUUCCUGUUCUGGUCUUUGUCCUCAUAAAGGCAAACCCACCUUGCUUGCUGUCCACGGUUCAGUACAUUAGUAGUUUCUAUGCCAACUGUUUGUCUGGAGAGGAGUCCUACUGGUGGAUGCAGUUCACAGCAGCAGUGGAAUUCAUUAAAACAAUUGAUGAUCGCAAGUAGCUCAAGCACGUGUGCAGGCAAACUGUGAGCAGAAGAGGAGCAAAUAAGAAUGUACAACAGCUGCAAAAGCUGAAGAAGAGACUUUCCUUGUAUAAUACUGUACAGAAUUGAGGCAUUUUAAAACACACCUUUACUAACCAAAUUAAUUUAACAGAUUUUCCUCUUCUCCUUGGGUUGCGUUUUUCUCCCCUAUAGAUACUGGCACUGCAAAAGGGACCACACUUUUCAGGUAUUUUGGAAUCUCAAAACAUACAGAAACAUGCUUUUUCCACCACCCCUCUUCCUGAAUUCUAACAUGAAUGAUUGACAUAAUAUCAUUUCUAGUAGAAAACUGAAACAAGAAUCAGGGCAACCACUUAGUAUACUUUCUAGUUUAAUACACCUUUUAUUAAUAAAACACCAGCCACACUGAAAGUUUGUAGUAACUGACAUUAGUUAUUCAUUAUAUUUCACCUAAAUUUAAAAUCUGAGAGGACAGUGUAAAUAUUAUAGAACUAUAUUUAAUGCAUUGCAGUUAUCUUUGGACUCACAAUCCUUUGACUAAAAAAGCAAAAGCCUCUCUGACCUCUAACAGGGUGUGACACACUGUGUGUUGGCAACAAAAUGGCUUCCUUCAAAGACUAAGAUUAAAAAAGGGCAAACUGAACUAUUUAUUAAAAUGUAAUUAAGAUUACUGAAGUUUCUAAAACUGGAAUUUAUAAAAGACAGGGCUUAUUAGAUAGCUGAACACUUUUGGCUAGGGCAUUAGGGUGUUAGAAAGGUUUGGAUAUACAGAGGAGAGGGACUGUAAGUUGCAAUAGAUAAGUCUAAUAUAAAAAAGGAGAAAUAAAAUACCUUACUGUAAUAUUUUUUCUGAACUAUUGUGUAUACUGUACAAACCCCAAACAGAGAUCCUUAACAGAACCUUGGACUGUAAUAUAUAUUUUGAUUAGUGACAUUAAAUACAUAUGCCAGGGGUUUCAGUGAAUGUUUUUACUAAAUGUUCUUCGUGAUGUCUGCUAUGCAGCAGUGCAAGUUUUACUGUUCAUAUAAAAUAUUUUAAAAUAUAACACUGUUCUUUAUGAAACAUAUCAUAACAUCAGUUCAGGGUGUUUUAUAGAUUUCUCACCCCACCUUUCCCUUAAACUGAAAAUUAUCAAUUUAAAGAAGUUUUUAUGCACAACACCACAUGGAUUUUUCAUGGUCUGAGUGAUGGGCAGUGGUUGUUGCCUGUAUAGAAGUACUUGCUGUUCUUUUGUAGCUAGAAUUACAGUGAGAAAGGACAGUAAGCAUUUAACUCUUCUGUGUCAGUAUUAUUUCUUGCUCUUCCAAGAGUAUUCAUUGCACUUCUGAUGGAGGGAUAUGUUAAGGCUUUGGUGUCUGAGUGGUAAAGAGAACAAAACCUUUCUUGUCUUCUCUUCAAAAUCUGAUGGGGUGUGUAUGUGUGUGUUUGUGUGUGUGUGCAUUUUGAUGGUUAAAACCAUUAAGCAGCUAGUACUUGGGAAUACCAUUUGGUUAACUGAAAUCAGAGCAGUUGAUGUCAAGUAUCAAGUGCUUGAUUUGGCUGUGCUCCUUGUCAAGGCAGAAUUAAAGAAGCUUACUUUUUAGGACUCUAAUACAUAAUUCAGUGUAGCAUUUUUGCCAAACUAAUCACAGGUGAGAGGGUGGGAUGGUAACUUUUUUAUUUAUAGUCUUUCUCCUCUGUUAGAGACUUGAUUGUGUGGAGGAGAAAUACUCAGUGGAAACAAAAUUCUUCUGCUCUGCCUUACUGUGGUAACUCAGUCUGUGCAGCAUUGCAAUAUUGCAGUUAUUUAGCCUUGAUGGGGUUUUGGUGCUGAACAUGUAACUUAAUAUUGCAAGCACAGCCCUGACCAAGAACACUCAGCAGUGAAGCACAAAUAUGCCCUUGAAGAUACGGCCAGAUCAUAUCUAAAAGCAAUAUAAAUUUAUUUAUAUUGAAGUGUCCUGUAAUAAUUAAUUAUUACUUGAAAAUCUGAGAUGUGAAGACCGAUGUAUGAAAGUUUUUUUAGUCCUGCAGUUUGGGUUUUAGUUCAGGGGAGUAGUUGUACAAUCCUUAAACAGAUGGCACAAAGACCCUGCAGUUGGUCAGUGCCCUGUGCUUGCAGACUGGGCAAGUGAGGCUUCAUCAGGUCUCUCACAUUUGCUCCUUCAUGGAAGGGGCAAGAGCCAUUUCUGUCACAAUUUGCAUAACUUUUUUUUUCUGUGUAGAAAAAUACUUUUAAAAACUGGAGUCUUUUUUGAGUUAUUGUUUAGGUUUUUUUAACCCAUAAGUGUUAUAAUGACCCCCAGAUGAGCUGAGUCUUCAUAGCAAGAUGGUCCUUUGCUUCUUUUUUUCAACCUGCUCUGAAAGUCCUUCAAAUAGUCUUGAUAGGUGUAGUUAGAGAAUUAGGCUUUCCAAAGGAUUAAAAACCCUCCUGUAAUGUCCUCUUACAAUUUCCCCUGGUGUCCCAUACCGUUUUGUUUUCAAAUGAUAAAUUACAUGUAUAGAAAGUGAUGUUAGGUUUUGGUGUGCAAUAGUAAAGGUGAAAAAACAGUGCAUAAAGGACCAAAAGUAAGAGACCUGUUGCCAAACGGCACCAGCCAAACAUGAACCCGUUGCUGUAAACUUGGUGCUUUCUGUUAAUUAAAUUACUUCACCCACUGAAGGAUGAAUGGAACAUUCAGGGGAGGGGAGGGGUUGGUUGCGGCUGGUUGCACUCGUGGACUUACAGCUCAGUUGGUGACGUCAGCGCAGGUUGUUGCUGUAUCUGGAGGAGCUGCCCAGUCCCAUGCUGGCAUGGCUGUGCCUGUGGGCAUUACAGAGGUGGUAUUUUCCUAUUUUGGGUGGAGGAGUGAAAAGAAAGGGCUGGUCUUUUCAUCCUGAGGAGAUUCCUUUUUGCUCCUAACCCUAAAUGAGAUUUCUCUUUAAAGCUUUUUUAAAUCCUCUUUACGGAGAAUUGGAACGUGUAUGGUCUCCGAAGUAGUUGAGUUUAAAAGCUGUUGUUUUGAAGACCUUAUACUACCAAAUGCUGAAUGUAACUGCCAUAAAUUUCAGGAAAAAAAGCCACGAACACGAUCCUGUUUCCUGUAGGUGAGUUUCUGGUGAGCACAGAGUCAGUUCCUAUUGCUUGAGAACACGAAUGUCCGGGAAGCCAAAUUCUCACAGAAGUUGGAGAACUCGCCACCACCCUAACGUUGAGUGGGGGGUGGAGGAAGGGGCUGGGCCAGGGGUGGUGGGAGGGCAGACCUGUCCAGCAGCAGAGCUGUGGGCACUGCGUUUGGCACCAGGGUGAGUGUGGCAGGGAGGGCUGCACAGCCCCGGGCUGGCCCCGAGACUGGGAGCUGGAGCAGCAGGAAAGGAGUGGGCAAGGAGGGAGAAGAGCACUCCUGUUUGGGUAGCAACUGGUGACCUGCUUGAGCCUGUACUACUUGAGGAUUAAUCUCUGCUGAGUUCGUACUGUGUGUUCUGUACCUUUUAAUUGUGCUUUACCUCCAUUUAAAAGCUUUGUACUGCCUCUCCUCUUGGAAACUGGUGAAGCCUUUAUACAUUUAAAUUAACAAGCUUGCACAAUCUUGUAUACAGGAAACCCAUCUUGUCUCUAACGUGAUUAUUAAUGUAUUAUUCUGUAAGAACUGAUUAAAAGGAGAGCAGUUUAA